UUACUUCUCUAAGCUGCGUUAGAUUUUUAAUAUUUUUUACGGCUCCAAAUUGCAGUUAGAUCUAUUUAUAUAUUUGUUUGGCUUCUGUAGAUCUAGCGAUCUAUAACUGAUUUACAGUAAUUGUGGAAAUUUAACCCUAGAAAGAAAACUGCAACAAGUCUACGAUUAAAUUUUCGGUUUCUAUUGAAGAUGAUGUGUGAUUGAACUUAUUUUUAUGUUAAAUAGGGAUAUCGAAUUUCAGUUAAAAAAGGUCGAAGGAACAAAUGAUGCAGCAGUAUGCGAUCCAACGAACCGCUACUGGAAGUAACCGUGAGGAUUUGCAGAGCUCCUUUUCAGUUAUGGUUACGGAUUGGAGAGAGACCGUGGUCUGCCCGAAACCACGUCGUUUGGGCCUCCUAAACAACUCUUUCAACGACCACCCUGUUAGGUCCCUCAGAUGGCAAAUUAGCCAUCAAACCGAGCUAUGUGAUUCAAAAGCAGGGAGUGAUAUUUUGGAUAUGAUUCUUACAAAGCAGGGUGGUUGUAGAGCGGAACAAGUAGCGUCGUCGCCCCCAUUUUUUUGUGGGUCGCCGCCGAGUAGAGUAGAUAACCCAUUAAUUCAAGAUGCUCGAUUUGGGGACGACAAGGUCCUCACCCCACUGUCAGAGAUGCCUAUGUCAGGCGUUCCCUCAUCGUCUCCGGCAUCCUCUUCAAGGAAAGGAGGCUGCAUCCGAGGGAAUUUUGUUAACAAACCGGCAGUGAGAAUUGAGGGGUUCGAUUGCCGAGACAAUGAUCACCGGAUUUGCAGCAUCCCGGCGUUGGCCUAGAA